AGGACGUCCGCGCGCUCGAAUCUGGAACGUGCUCUUCGCAAGUUGGUCAAUCUAUCCUUCAGCAACUUGACACUCGCAGCUCGGAGCUUCCCCAUGUCGCUACCCUUACCGACAACUAGCCAGCUGGCUGGUGCAUCUUUCGUCGCUGUCCUGCUCUGGGCCGCCGUUAGCCGUACCCUCAACGUCCACGAUCCAACUCUCGAAGAUUUCCGUGGCCCACCCUCCGCCGGGUUCCUCCAAGGCAGCUUCGGCGAGGUCUCAGAGGCCGAUGGGUACCGCCUCUUCGAGAGGUGGGCAUCCGAAUACGGCCACUCAUACGUCUUUCGUUCAUUCUUCAACUCCUACAAGCUUUAUACAUCGGACCUGCGCGCCCUGAACCACAUCACCACCUCGGAUGUGUAUGAAAAGUCCGAGGUGGUGCGAUUCAUUCUCGGCAAAAUGGUAGGAAGAGGGCUCCUCUUCGUCGAAGGCGACCGCCAUAAGCAGAUGCGAAAGAUCACGAAUCCCGCGUUCGGCCUUGCCCAGAUCCGCUCCUUGACUCCGGUUUUCUUCGAGAAAUCGCUAGAGCUGAGGGAGAUAUGGACGUCCUUCUCUGCCCGAUCGUCACGCAGGGACGGAAAGUGCGAGAUCAACGUGUUCGGGUGGAUGGACAAGCUUGCCCUCGAUAUUAUAGGGUUAGCAGGCUUCAACUACGCUUUCGACAGCAUCCGUCGGGAGGACGACGACCGUAACGAACUCAACAAGGCCGUCCGGGACAUGUUCUCCUUCGACUACGUCAGCCCAUCAUUCAUCAUUCAACUCCUUAUCCCGGCCACCCGAGUAGUCCCGACGGACCGGACCCGGAUCCAGGCGAGGUCGCUGGAGGUGAUCAGGCGCAUCGGAUCGCAGAUGAUCGCGGACAAGAAAUCGGAGCUCGUUUCCACCUCCAUUCGAGCCGACUCGGCGGUGGAGAAGAACUCGAUCGAAGGGCGCGAUCUGCUUUCGCUGCUCAUCAAGUCGAACAUGGCCGUCGACGUCGAAAGCGAUGCGAGGAUGAGCGACGAGGAGCUCUUGGCCCAGGUGGUAUCGUUCCUCGUGGCCGGACACGAGACGACGUCGACGGCGCUGACGUGGAUCCUGUUCUCGUUGGCGGUGCACCCCUCGGUUCAAUCGAAGCUGCGGGCUGAGCUGCAGCUGGUCGGGUCGGACGCGAUAAACAUGGACGAAGUGGAUGGGCUGGAAUAUCUGGACGCGACGGUGCGAGAAGGACUACGUUAUCACUCUCCGUUGGCGACGACGGAGCGGGUGGCGACUCGAGACGACGUUAUACCCUUGGACACACCGUACGUGGACAAAGACGGCGUCACGCGAGAGAGCAUCAGGGUGAAAAAGGGCGACAACAUCCUCGUCCCGAUCAGAGCAGUGAAUCGGUCGAAGGAGCUCUGGGGUGAGGACGCCGAGGAGUUUAGACCCGAGCGGUGGCUCCAAUCUGCGAUACCGGACGCAGCGAAGCGCAUUCCCGGGAUUUACAGCCAUAUGAUGACAUUCCUUGGAGGGACCCACUCCUGCGUCGGAUAUCGCUUCGCUAUGGUCGAAAUGAAGGUCAUACUGUUCACCCUUAUACGAGCUUUCGAGUUCAGGCUUGCCAUUUCCCCGGAGGACAUUGGGCGGAAGGCAAACAUUGUCGGCCGACCUUAUGUUAUCAGCGAUCCCGAAUCUGGGACCCAACUGCCGUUGACCAUAAGGCUUAUCUCGUCAUGAAUCUCUUGGGGACACACGCCUGUCAUAUACGUUACUAUAUGUUUGUUCACUGCAACAUCUUCCAUGCCAUCCGCCCGAGCCGGUGCUUGGAGCACUGCCAUAUGAGAAUGAAUGUGGGGGCGAGCGCCUGUUUC